CUGUAUCUCACAAUAAACAAAACAGCUUUGAGCGAUUCGUACUUCAACGGGCAACAAGCUACUUUCGACCUCUCGUAAUGUUGUUGUGGUGGUGUGUAUCUAGUUAUGGGCAAUCAACAAAACGAGGAUGUAAUACAUAAGCUAUCUAACUCAACCAAAGAUGGUGAAUUGCGGAAUUUUACUAUACACCAGCUCAAUGGAGGCCUGAGUAGCGGUGAUGGACGAGCUGGCGUGUUCAGUAUGUUCUGAGGAAUUCAGGGGUGGUAUUCGAGAGCCUGUGGUGCUGCCACAGUGUGGCCAUACCUUCUGCCGGCCCUGCCUCCUCAGCCUACAGGCAAUGCACCCUAGCUUGAGGUGCCCCGCCUGCAGGAGACGACACAAGGGAGCCUCCGUGGCCCACCUCCCUACCAACUUCACCGUCCUCAACCUGGCCACCGCUGCUCACGCAAACAACAAGCAUGAUAUUGAGGCAUGUCAGCACCAUGGUGACCCUGUGAGGAUGUGGUGCAACCCGUGCCAGGAGCCGCUCUGUGGCCAGUGCCUCUUUGAGCGACACAUGACUGAAAAACACCACGUUGUCAAGAUCCAGUCUGUGGUCAGGGAGAAGAAGCAGAACAUGGAGGCACAGACGGCGGAGAUGCUGGAGUAUGUGGAGGAGGAGCGAGCCAACCUUGCCGACGAGGUGCACAGCAUCGCCCAUCACCUGGCUUGUAUCCAUAGGAGAAGUUCAGCUCUCACUAGGUACGUCACGGAUGUGCACAGGAUCUUGAAGGACGUGAGGAAAACGACGCGCAUAGUGUCCGUGUUGGCAAACGAGAAUAGUUUGGAAAGUUUGUCUUCCCAAUUAGGAACAAAGCAUUGCAAUGACGUUAAAAAGAGUGUUGACAAUGGCCAAGAGAUAAGAAGUAGUCCAGUGGCACCAUUCAAGUCAGAUAUAUGUGACAAUAACAAAGCUUGUCACUGCUGCAAUAACUCUGAAAACUGCAGAGAAAGCGACGAGGCGCACCAGGACAAACCCUCACGGACCCUUCAGUUAGUUGACAGCGAAAACAACAUACAGACAACGGAGACAGGCGUCGAUGGGGCGUGCAAGAGAGACAGGAGCGAGACAGACGUCAACGAAGGUAUUCGCAGUCGAGAAAAACUGACCAGUGACUGCGGCUCCGAUAACGAUCAAAAUGAUGAUGGCGAAGCUUCCGAUUCAGAGAGUGAGCCGAGAGUCAAGGAUGAGAUGGCCAUGUGGCCCCUGACGCCCUGUGACACCACGGGCACUUCACCAUUGUGGCCACGUAUCGACUGGACACACUUCUGUUACCAGCUGCCGGUGGUACAGCUGCUGGUACCGCCAGAGAAACCAGAAGUGUUCCUGCAGCUGAGUGUGGGAAGAAGAAGCCUAGGCCGCGUCCACAUACGUCUGUGGGGAUACCUGCGCCGCGCCCAGCACUUCCUGGCUCUGUGUCUGGGCACCCUUGGCCCCUCAUAUAAGGGCUCAAGGUUCUCAAAUGUGGCUAGAAAGGGACAGCCUGGGGAAAGCCUAGUUGGAUGUCAGUAUAGAACAGAGGGCGGCAGCAGUAGCGCCCGUGGCCUGCUGGAGGGCCUGGAAUGGCGAGGCAACUACUCAGGCCCGGUGAAGGAGGGUGUACUGGGAGGAGCGAGCGACGGAGACCCAAAUCUUGAAGCCUUUUUUGGGAUCUGUACCCGCGACUAUCCAGAGGGAGAGUACUACUGCCCCUUCGGCGAAGUGGUGGGCGGGAUGGAGGUGGUACGUAGAGCUGUGGCUCACGACCCCGUCAGUGACGUCACUAUUACUGACAUUACGUCGGCCAGGAAUGAUGGCUAACGUCGUGUUUUAACUAUUAUCAUGAUCUUCAAUCAAGUGCUGGGUUUGCUGCUGGCUUAUAUACAUCAACAGUCAAACUCUUACGCCCAUUAUGUGAUGUUACCGGUAUAGUGCAUGUUCAAAUGCGUCAUAUAAUUUUUUCCAUUUGUUUAUAACAACACACUUUUGCAAUCAGUAACACACUUAAGUAUAAGUAUAUAGUAUUCUACAACAAAUUCUCUGCAGAGCCUACUUGAGGUCUCACAGGAUACUCUGUUAAGUACCAACUUUGACAGUAACAAUGUGGGAAUUAACUGAAAUAUAUGGUGACACGCUCA